GGAGGCGGCCCGGCCCGGCCCUCGGCCCCGCGCCGCUUUGAAUCGCGGCGGGAAGGCGGCGGCGGCGGCUGUUGGAGGACGUGAGUCCCAGGUAUCAAGGCGAGGAGAGCAGAUUUGUAUUCAGGACUAUUUUGAGGGGCGGACAGCCUUAUCUUCAGUCGCAUAUUUAGGAGACUACGCUUCAUAGUAAAUGUCCUCUAAGAAAAAGAUGAAGGGAAAUCAUUCCAGAGAUAAAUUGAAGGAAGACAAAAGCAGCUCCCGUCCUCGUUGGAAAUUACUUCCACCUGAGGAACCAGAUGUCUCGAGGAUAUUGAAGGUGGCUGAAGCAAAUCAUCUUGAGGAGCUUGACGAUUCAUUUGAUCACCCUUUGCACAGUACUGCUGUGGAUGCUUACGGAGAGGAACGUUCGGAAAGCGAGUCACUUAGUUAUGUUUCAGCUCCACAACAGAAAAAGGCAGAAAGAAGUGAACAAAUGCACUUGAAAAUGUCUGAAGGUGAUGUUGACAAAUCCAACUCAGCUGAUUCUACGGAUGAGCCCCUUAAGGAGAAUAUGAAAGCUCCAAGUACUGCUCAACUCCGGUUGAAAAAGAAGAAACAACCUUCAGAGAAGAGCACACCAGACUCCUCUGUUAAUAGCCCGUGUUCUGUAGAGGUUUGGUGUCCCAAAGAUCUGAAAAGGUCUUCCAGAGAUAUUACAGAACUGGAUGUUGUUCUGGCUGAAUUUGAAAAGAUAACGGCAAAUUACAGACAAAGCAUAGAAUCAAAAAUUUGCAGAAAAGCUGUCAAUGGCUUCUGUUCUGCUUUCAAGGACCAAAUCACUGAUCUUAUAACAGAAGUCCAGGAAUUAAAGAACGUGAAGAAAAAAAAUGCUAAGGUAGUGGCAGACAUCAAAAAGAAAAGGCAGCGACUGAUGCAAGUCAGAGAAGAGCUAAUUGGAGCUGAAUCACAACUGGUAGAACUACAAAGAGAAUACACUGAGGUACAGGAGAGGAAAUCUUCCCUGACACAAGCAGUUCAAUUCCUUGCUGAUUUGACGGAGCUACACCAGGACUACUUGGAUUACAGAGAAGAAAACCCAAGAGAAAAAGUGGUACAGUAUGGAACUUCCAGCCUACCUGCUCUGCUGGUGGAAUCACGGAGAAUUCUAGGAGCAGAAAGACACUUUCAGAAUAUUAAUAGGAAACUGGAGGAUGCUCUGGACGUACAAAGAGGAAAGACUGGAUCGUGGCACUUCUGAUACCAGACUUCCUUCUUUAGAUCUACCAGAAUCCUAGGAAUGAAAUAGUUUUGGUUUUAAUAACAAUACAUAAAGAAAAUAAAUAUAUACAACGUGAAACUCUGACAAUAAAUGAAGAGAGUUUGUUUGUCCCCAAACUGUGGAUGUUGUUUUCACACUGACAUUACAUGCUUGUUUCAUACAUAGUCUGUCAUUUUCCCGAUGAACUUCAGACCUUUUAAGAAUACAUUUCUUUAAGACUAAGAUUUGGAAGUGAAAUUCAGUCAUCUUUAUUACAUUAAUACAUUAAAUUCAGAAGAAAAUGUCCCUAAUGUAAAGCUCGCAUAUGGGACCUAACUGUAAGGUAAGAUUUUGCUGUUGUUGUGCAUUUCACAACAUAAAAGCAGGAUAAAAUAAUUUUUUUUUGGCAACUGAUUAGACAACCCUGCUUUUACAAUUGUGUUAUGAAAACAACAUCUUCAAGUAACCUCAGGAGUUCAUCUAAUUAAUCUAGUGGCUGUAGGGGUUUUUUCCUACUCUCAUUUCUCAAAAACAUAUCUUUUGUCUUUCACUUGGUUUAUAUUUCAUGUAGAAUUAUUUUUAAGUGAAAAUAUUUCUACCACCAAUAUACUGCAAUUCUAAUAUCACCUAAAAACCUGACUUUUCACACUUAUUUUGAUAAAAAUUAUGGGAAGAAGUCUGAGUCUUUACAAAGUCUCCGCAAAACUCAGUUUGACUGAACUGGUGGCAGGACUUACCUUUUAACAGUUAAGAACACAAUUUAAGAUGUACUGUAAAUGUAAAUUUUUAUAUUAAAAAUGGUCUGUUUUCUUUAUCUUAUUUGUAAUUAGCUUCCUAUCUGAGAAAUGUCAAUGUAUAGUACCAUUUAA